AUGACAUUUUCAAAAACAUAACACAUUAAGGAAGUAUCCAACGUCGUUUACCUCAACAACUUCCUACACCCGAAAUACAAUUAGAAAAACUAAUUCUCACUUGGCUCUUAAAACUGCCGAAGGUAAGAGGUCUGUUCUCAACAUUUUAUCAGAGCUCUCAUCAGAAGGAUCUAAAAUGGUUAUUCGAUUUAUUUACGAAUAUUUAGAAGAUUUCUUAAUCGACAACACAAAUCCAGUCGUAUUGACUUGGCCUUUAGUCGGCAAUGCGGUGCUUAAUUUUGGCAUAGUUGGAUUUUAUCUUCUAUUUGUUCUUUGGUUGGGACCUCUGUAUAUGAAAUAUCGGAAACCAUUUGAUUUAAGAAGGAUAAUGGUGCCUUACAAUGCAGCUUUAGUUGUCACAAAUGCCAUCAUUUUCUACCACUAUGCAAAAAUUAGAUACAGUGGUAAAGCAAAAGUGAGCUGUGAGGUACUUGAACGACUUGAUGAUCGACCAGAUGUAUAUAAACUUGCUGAAAUCACGUGGUAUUUUUACAUAUCUAAAUUUGUUGAAUUAUCAGAUACGGUAUUUUUCGUGCUUAGAAAAAAGGAGCGACAGCUGUCCAAGUUGCAUCUAAUCCAUCAUAGUUCUGUACCUCUAAUGAUGUACGGAUUGCUGAGAUCAGAGCCAGGUGGUUAUAAUACAGUUUUUCCAAUUGCGAACUCCUUUGUGCAUAUUUUGAUGUAUACGUACUACGGAAUAUCAGCUCUAGGCGAUGACGUCACAAUACACUUGACUUUUAAAAAAUACAUCACCAUGUGCCAAUUGGUGCAGUUCAUAUUUGUACUCUACCACAUGUUUGUAACUCCAUUCCAAGGCUGUAAAAUAUCUCCAUUAUCGUUUAUCAUGAAUGUGUUAAUAGCAGGAUUUUUUAUGGCGCUUUUCCUAAAUUUCUAUUAUCAUGAGUACAUCAAUAGAAGAUCGAAUAGAGAAAAAGAAAUUAAAAAUGGAAUCGACCACUUCACAAAUGGAAAGAAAGUUAAAUAGUUUCACAAAUGAUAAUUUAUUUCAUUAGCUUUUAUGACACUUUUGUAUAACAUUUUAACAAUAAUAAAAGUUAUAAAAAGAUA